UUGCGGUGCUCUUAGAUGGCGCAUAGCAGCAAAGAUCUUCUGGACUUGGAGCUCAAGAAUUCAUCUUCAUCAAACCUAGUUAUGGGAAAAGUAAAGGAUUUCUUAGGAGUUAUGUCGGAAGCAAAUCAAAGGCUGCAGAAUGAUGCAAAGGACAACGUUGAGGACUAUGAUAUUGAAGUUCUCACUGGGAAUGAGUCUGAGUACAUUGAAAUGGAUUUGAUGCUGGGUGUUGCUGAUCUGCAUACACCCGAGGCUGUUUCUGCUGCCCAGUCUGCAAUAGUUGGUUAUCAACCAGUGAUUUCUUUGGCAGCUAGCAGCAGUGAAACAGAAUCGGAAUCCUCCAGUGAUGGUGAUAGUGAAGAUGACAGUGAUGACGACUACAAUGAUGACAAUGCCACAACCACUCCUCCCAAACUUAAAAGAGCGAAGUCUGUUGAAGAUGAUUCUUCAAGUGAGUCAUCUAAAAAACACAAGCCAAAAAAGCAGCCAAAGAUUGUUGAGCUAUCAUAAGACUGUUCUGGUCUUGAGUUAGCAAAGAUCCAGGAUCAAUUUGUCAAAAAUAUGGGCUGUCAAUGAACAAGGGUUGAAGCGUGCAUCCACAGACAAGAAGUUGAUGUGAAGAAGCUUACAAAUAUAAGUGAUUGUGUGUUGAGUUUGUUAUUUAUACAGGAUUUAUUAGUCAAGCCAUCUUCACUGAUUGUAGACAUUUUUCAUAUCACAUCCUUCGAUCAUGAUUUUGCCUACGCUAAAACUUUUGGAAUAGCGUCUCAAAAUGUAGUCUCCUUCUCUAUUGAGCUGAGUAGAAGAAACAACAGUAAUUAUGGGCUUGAGUAAUCUAUAAUUUCUUGAGAAUAAGUGCUUUAUUUGUUUA